AUGCCCUCACUAUCGUCAUCUCCAGAAGCUCCCCAGCUGAGCAGUAUAUCUACCUACCAUCUCUACCCACAAAAUGAGCACAGCAUCCUGAUCUCACCACACCAACUUCCCAUCCAACCGAGGAAACGACGCAAGUUCCUGAAGGAAAAUCCCGAAAUUGCGACAGAUCCAAAUGGCUUCUUCGUCCAUAAACCCUACAUCUCGUUCCAUCACCCCCCGCGAACCCUGCGGCGAGGCAGUAGCAAGCAGGGAACCCCAAUCUGUCUCAUCCACAACUCCGCCUUUUGGAAACGCUGGAACUUCCAAUUCGGGGAGGAUAUGAUCACAGCGAUUGACCCAAGAGGCGCAGUGAGCUGGAACCGACGAAGCAACGCCGACAACCGCGUCGACCACGGCGACGAUCUCGCAUUGAAGGGCUACAAGGUGCGCAAGUGGCGACUCUGGCGCGAAACGGGCAAGCAGUAUCAUCGAGACGUGAACGCGAAGCGGAAGCAGAAGAGAAAGAAAACGGAGACCCACAAAGAAGAUGUGCAGCAGGCAGUCUGUCAUUCCGAUGACGAUCCCGAUCCGGAUGCGGGUCAUCGACCUGCGCGUGCUGACGAAGCGCUGGCGCUAUGUUGGACCGCACCACUAUCCACGCGCACCCGGUGUUAUCAGUGGAAGUACGCUGGGGUAGAUCUCGUCUGGAAGGGCACGAGGAAUCUGCCCGCGGAGCUCAAGUGGUCGAAGCGCUGCUUGCCGUGGCAUCACCUUAAACUGACUGCCCGAGUACCACCUUCUUCUGGCCAUAGCCAAGGAGAACUGGUGCUUGCUCAGUAUUUCAGCAGCAUCGGGAAGAAAAAGUAUGGCGUCCUGGUCAUCUACAAGGCAGAGGUAUCCAGGGUUUUUGGACCGCACACGCCAAAUGCAAAUGCACAUGUAGGAGACAAUUAUGACAGCUCUCUCAUCGGAGCCUAUGAAGCCAUUGUGGCGACUGCAGUUUGUAUGGUUGUCGGGGAGAAGCAGAAACGGAAUGUUGUAUACGCGAUCUUCAAAGCAAUCAGAAAGGCCGGCGAGGAUGGGGCAGGUUAG